CCAGGCGCCCCAGAAGGCCAACUUUUUUUGACUCUGACCCAAAAUAAGGUGUUUUGUUUUGUUUUAGCUAUGAUAUGGGCCUCAUGUAGACCUUAGCUAAUAAGGCAACAAGAUGGGAGAUGUAUCUAUUACCCCAAAUUCCGAAGGUGAAACUAAUUGAUUCUCAAUUUUUUUUUCCAUAAUCAGAUACAUAUGACAGUUUAUCCCCACCCCUCCACGUUCUAACACUUGAAGAAGCUAAUGCUAUCAGGAUCAGGUCUGAAAUUAAAACAUUCACUUACGUACAUUCACAUAAUAUUGUAUACUUCAGAGUUGGCUUCUAGGACCCAUUGAAGCUUAUCAUCUAGCAGUCCAUGGACUCUACGGACUCCAAGGGCAGAAUGCAGACAAUCAAAUGUGUGGUCGUAGGAGAUGGGGCUGUAGGUAAGACUUGCCUCCUCAUCAGUUACACAACAAACGCCUUUCCUGAGGAGUACAUCCCCACUGUCUUUGACAACUACAGUGCCCAGACGUCUGUGGACGGCCAGAUCGUCAGCCUGAACCUGUGGGACACAGCUGGCCAAGAGGAGUAUGACCGACUGCGAACGCUGUCCUACCCGCAGACCAAUAUCUUUGUCAUUUGCUUUUCUAUUGGCAACCCAUCGUCGUAUGCCAAUGUGAGGCAUAAGUGGCACCCAGAGGUUUCUCAUCAUUGCCCCAAUGUACCUGUCCUGCUGGUGGGCACCAAGAGGGACCUGCGCAAUGACAUCGAGACAGUGAAGAAGCUGAAGGAGCAGAGCCUAGUGCCCACAACUCCUCAGCAAGGCACUUCCCUGGCUAAGCAGGUGGGGGCCGUGAAGUAUCUGGAAUGUUCCGCCCUGCUGCAGGAUGGGGUACAUGAGGUAUUUUCAGAAGCUGUCCGUGCUGUGCUUUACCCUGCCACAAAGAAGAACACCAAGAAGUGUGUUCUCUUAUAGCUUUUGCGGUGCUACUUCGGGACUCCACUUAAGGAGAACGAGGGGGGUUCCUUUGAUAGCAUUUAACAAUGCCAGCUCAAGCCGUUUGUCUCUUUUCCUAGAAACCCCUAGGCUCCAGGUCGUGGGGCUUUUGGAGGAACAAAGACAGCGGAGUUUUUACAUGGCUGCUUUGAAGUUUGGUCUGAACCUUUUGGAGGAAGUUUGGGGGGAGAGAGAGAGAGAGAGAGAUUGACUUUUACCUCUAAAUUUAGCUUUCCUAGCUGUAUUUACCAUUGAGCAAGUAAGUGCCUCACAGAAGGACAAGUUUUUACGGUUUUCAAAUCAUUGCCUUAAACUUUCUAAUAUGCUAAUUUUGGAAAAGCAUUUUAUAUGUGACUCCUGGGUGUUCCCAGUAUUCGCAUGUUCUUCCCAUUCUUGAGGAGAUAUUUUUGCAAAAAUGGUGAAGCAGCAUUUUUGAAAGUUCUUCGAGAUACUAAUAGAUGUUCCUUAAAAGGGUUCUGUGGUCAAAUAAGUCAGGAACCAGUGAUUUUUUUUUUAAGUUUUUAUUUAAAUGCCAGUUACCAUACAGUGUCAUAUUAGUUUAAGUGUACAACAUGGUGAUGGAACACAUCCGCACAACACCUGGUGCCCAUCACAGUGCACCCCUUAACCCCCCCCCCCCCGUCACCUAAUUAGCCCAGCCCCCACCCACCUCCCUUCUGGUAACUCGUGAUUUAAAUAAAGCUGAAUAGGUUCCUCUAAUGCAGGAAUUUAUAACUUUCAAUAAGUAGACAACAUUUCCCAAAAUUGCUUCACUGAACUUUUUUUGUUUUGGUCCCGUGCAACACCUGUUAACAUCUCUGGAAACACAUUUUCAGAGAUGCUCAGUUAAUAGGAACUAGAAAUUCCCACAGAGGCUGUGGGGAAAAACAAAAGGCAUAACGUGGCCCUGUUCUUUUUGAUGUUUCCCUCUUUUUUUAGUGUUUAUUUUUUUUAAUGUUUAUUUUUGAGAGAGAGAGAGAG